GGGGUGGGGCAGGAUGCUGGAUGGCCAGCUCUUCUCCGAGGGGCCCGAUAGCCCCCGGGAGCUCCAGGAUGAGGAGUCUGGCAGCUGCCUCUGGGUGCAGAAAUCAAAGCUGCUGGUGAUCGAAGUGAAGACUAUUUCCUGUCAUUAUAGUCGCCGCGCCCCUCCUCGACAGCUCAUGGACUUCCAGGCCAGCCACUGGGCCCGCGGGCCCCAGAGCCGCACGUGUGGGCCGCGCCUGGGAUCCCCUGAGCCGCCGCCCCGCCGGCCCUGGGCCUCCAGGGUGCUGCAGGAGGCGACCAACUGGCGGGCGGGGCCCCCGGCCGAGGCCCGAGCCCGGGAGCAAGAGAAAAGGAAAGCGGCAUCGCAGGAGCGGGAGGCCAAGGAGACUGAGCGAAAAAGGCGCAAGGCUGGUGGGGCCCGAAGGAGUCCCCCUGGUCGGCCCCGCCCGGAGCCUCGGAACGCCCCUCGGGUGGCCCAGCCUGCAGGGCUCCCAGCUCCCUCACGGCCGGAGCGCCUGGGGUCCGUGGGGCGACCGCCCCGUCCAUCCGCGCAGCCGCAGAGCAAUCCAGGGGCGGCGUGGGCGGGGCCCUGGGGAGGUCGGCGGCCAGGGCCUCCCAGCUACGAAGCUCACCUGCUGCUGAGAGGUGCUGCCGGAAUGGCCCCGCGACGCCGCUGGGACCGGCCGCCACCCUACGUGGCUCCACCCUCUUACGAAGGCCCCCACAGGACCCUGGGGACUAAGCGAGGACCCGAGCCCUCGCAGGCGCCCGCCUCUUCAACCUCUGCUCCGACCAGGACAGAGGGAGGGUGCACAAAGAAGAGGCUAGAUCCUCGGAUCUACCGGGACGUCCUAGGGGCCUGGGGUCUCCGUCAGGGCCGGGGUCUCCUGGGGGGAUCCCCAGGCUGUGGAACAGCCAGGCCAAGGCUGGAGUCCGGUAAGGUGGCCGCGGAGAGAAGCCUGAGGCUGGCUGCUGCUGGCCUGAAGAGUGGUAGCGACGGACAUCCCCAAGCCAAAGCUGCUGGGAACCCAGGCACGGAGACAGUUCCUGCGGGGUCUGCACCUGCCACUCCCAGCCCCCCGCGUCCUGCUCCCAGGUCCAGGCCCCAUCCCAAGGGCUCCGGGGAAGGGAGAGAACAGAGCUGGCUCCCCAAGUGCUGGAUGCCCUCCGUUAAAAAGCAGCCUCCCCGACAUAGCCAGACCCUCCCCAGACCCUGGGCUCCGGGAGGCACGGGAUGGAGGGAGUCCCUGGGUCAUAGAGAGGAGGCCGGACCCGAGACCUUGGAGGGUUGGAAGGCGACCCGCCGCCCCCACACCCUGCCACGAAGCUCCCGUGGCCCGGCUCGUGGGGAAGGUGUCUUUGUCAUUGACGCCACUUGCGUGGUGAUACGGUCCCAGUAUGUUCCGACCCCUCGAAACCAGCAUGUGCAGCUUUUGCCCGCUGGGGUGCCGCGCCUUGUGGGGAAUGCCCCCACCCAACUGAAGCCCAACAAGGAGGAGGGAGAGGGGGCCGCGGUCCUUCCCUCCCCUUGCCGAAAGCUGCUGUUGAGCAGUCGCCCUUCACAGCAGCCCGGUGGGGGACGUGGGCUCGAAGCUGAGGGCGGGACGUCCGCGGACUCCUCACUGGAGGAGCGCGCCUCCCGCAUCUUGGGGCUCCCGGUCGGCGAAGUAAACCUGCAGGAUGCCCCCACGCAGCCAGGUAGCCCAGAGCACUCAGCCUUAGGCCCAGCGGCUUCGGGAGGCGCGCGCCGUGCCGAGGGCUCGGAGGAAGUGGCUGCGGUCCUGCGGCGCGCAGGCCGGGGCUGGGCGCGGACCCCGGGGCCCUAUGCCGGGGCCCUGCGGGAAGCCGUGUCUCGCAUCCGCCGCCACACCGCCCCGGACUCCGACUCGGACGAAGCUGCGGAGCUCAGCGUCCAUAGCAGCUCUUCUGAUGGAAGCGACACAGAAGCCUCGGGCGCCUCCUGGCGGAACAAGCGGACCGGGCCCCCGGAAGGCGGGAAGGCAGCCGAGCUGAGCGACAAUAUCGGAGAAAUUCUAGAUGUCAUCAGCCGAACCGAGGAGGUCCUCUUCGGGGGCGAGGGACACUAAGGGGACCCCACAGGGAAAUAGGGAGCGACAGUGAGAGGGCCUUUAUUGUAUUUGUGUCCCCUUUCUUCCUCACAGACUUCCCUGUACCUCUUACCUAUACCCGUUCCCAUACUCAAAAUAGAAGGCGCACAGAUGAAAGGGAGCAUAUGUCAAUUCAUGAUUUUUUUUUUUUUCAGGAGAGGUGAGGGUGCGCAGUAGACUUUAACGUUUGGUAGGGUCUUCAGGGCACUCGGGUAAGGUCUCAGCAGGGGCCGACGCACUAGGCAUGGAACUGAGCAGAGAGGCCUAGGCAGGAUAAGGCAGGAGGACAGGGAUGGGAUAGUCAUAGGGCAACUUCAGGGCAGGGCCUCUGGGCAGGAGGGGGAAGGUGAUGGAGAGGCUUCGGACUGAGGUGACCAGGUGACGGAGAGGCCCUUGGCAGAAGAGGAGGGGCUCUUGGCAGAAGCCGCCAGCAAAGCAGGAAGAGGACUCACUUUGGUGUCACAGGUUUUGGCUUCCAAUCCCAACUCUGACACUGGUUGGCUGGGUGACCUUCGGCAAGUCGCCUCCCCUCUCCAGGCCCUGUAAUAUGUAAAACAAGGGAGUUCUAACGUCCAUCCCUGAUGUUUUGGAGUCCUUGGGGAGGCAUUUAUCUACUCCUCCCCUGCCCAAGCCAAUACAGUUAGGAAUAAGUGAACAGAGUCUGAGCGUCCCUGGGUGGCUUCUUUGACACCUGCAUUCACUCUCAAUUCAAGAGACUGUGCAGUGUUUGCAGAAGAGCCGAGUAAGUGGGCAAGGGCUCCUAUUCCAGUCUCAGGUUUAGGCGUAGGAUCCCCAAGGCAGUGCAGGGUGGUGGCCUUGUCACUGUCCCUGGUUUGUGGUGGUCUGAGCUGAGCAGCUUGGGACUUUUUUAGGCCUUCCCCUUUUCCUCCUCCCCAGUGUUCCUUAGUGAUGCUCUGAAUAGUUACCACGAUUUCCCACUCAGGUGGUAUCACCCAUCUGAAAGAACCCUGAGAAUGUCUUGCAUGUCUGCCUCUUCCAGAAACCAGCCAGGGAAGGAAGAGGGAGGCUGGUCCCCAAAAGCCUGUAGGUGUGGGGUGUGAUACUCGCUGUAGCCACUAUGGGGCGCGCGCAGGUCGCGGAUUUCCCUGGUAGCUAGUCCGCGAGUCCCUCCAACCCCGGCACUGCCAGUUAAUCAAUUGCUCCCUAGUUACUGCGCGCGGGUCCCCCGCCUUGCUGUCUCCAGUCUUGCGAGAUCGGGAGCAGGCCUCUGGCCUUGCAGACCUCUGGAGCGCGCGGAGCCCCUCUUUGUACUACUAUCCACACCAAACGGCUUGGGACCCAGACACUGAAGUAUUUUUUUUUCUUCGAUCUCGGGCACCUCUUCUGUCUCUAUUUACUAGCCAUGUGAACUUGGCCAAAUCACUUCACCUCCCUGAGCCUCAGUUUCCUCAUCCGUCAAAUGGGGGUUUAUAAACACCUACCUCGCAGGGUUGUUGUGAGGACUUAAUGCGAUAAUGUAUGUAAAGCGCCUUGCACAGUGCCUGGUACACAGCAGGCGCUCAAUAAAUCUAAGCUUCCCUUUGUCCA